GCCAGGAACAGGGUCGUUUUGACAUGCAUUCCCUGGAAACGUUGUUGUUAUGAUAAUGGUUCCCAAAUGGGAUUAAUAAAGCGCUCUAUCUCACCAUCUGAAGCUUCACAGACUUGCUCCUCAGCCUAAUUGCACAACUUCAUGGUUUCUUCACUGGUCUUAUGUGGAGUUCUCUGGAGCGAGAGGCAUCCAUGCACAUUCACUGAGCAGCAUGUUCCAUGAGGAGUACCAUGAGGAGAUGGACAGUGAGUAACAGUGUGUCUGUAUGUUGGUCGGUGUGUGUCGUCUAUCUUCUCGUCGUCUCCGUCACCUGUGGCAGCGCAUGUCCCGUGCAGCGGGCGCUCAGGGUCGACAACUCCUCAUCCGCCUCGACCUCCACCUCCGGCCGGCAUGUGCGCAGCUACGUGCACCUCCAGGGAGACGUGCGCCAGCGGAAACUCUUCUCCUUCCAGAAGUUCUUCCUUAGGAUCGGGAAAGACGGGAGAGUCAACGGCACCAAGAGAAAAGACGAUCCCUACAGUAUUUUGGAGAUCACAUCAGUGGAUGUUGGGAUCGUUGCUGUCAGAGGUCUCAGCAGUAACCUUUACCUGGCUAUCAGUAAGAGGGGAGAACUGUAUGGAGCGAGAGUCUAUGGUAUAAACUGCCGUCUGAAGGAGCGCAUCGAGGAGAACGGGUAUAACACAUACGCAUCCGCGGAGUGGAAGAACAAGAAACGACAGAUGUUUGUAGGUCUGAGCGCUCACGGAAGGCCUCUGCGUGGGAGAAAAACCCGCAGGAAGAACACAGCUACACACUUCUUACCUAUAAUGGUGUGACUUUUGUUGUAUAAUGCUGACGGGAUGGAGAGAGAGACCGAAGAUAAAGAUUUUGUCCACACGCAACUCUUUGUAGCGGCUGCGGUUCAGUGUUUGCUUGCUCCUUUAUUGCUCUUUGGUUCAAGGCACUCAUUACAACUUUAUGCUCAUGCCAGCUGAUAUUCAGUGGUAAACAUUCUCAAAAGAGCAAAGUUCAUGAAUGAAGGCUUUCAUUUCCAUUGUGCAUUAUUCAAGUGAUCUAUAAUUGUGGAUUAUGUGUGCAAGAGUUUUCUUCAAGCUCUUUUCAAUAUAAGAACGUCUUACAUUUAUUUCUAAUGGACAUGAACAUCUUAUAGGAGCGGCUCUAAGGCUGCAUGCGUCGCACAGAGAAAGAUAUAUGGGGAUGUAUUUGUAUCUUCUAAAAACUUUUGGACUGCUUUGAAAUAAAUAAAUUAUUUAUUUGUAUUGUAUUUAAAUAAAAUACUCUAAAAAACAUAUUAAAAGCAUAUAAAAUGGAUAACCUCUGACUCCUGUGAAAUAAAAUCUAUUUUGUUAUCCUCCUGCA